AUGAUUCUAUUCUCAUUUGGUCGCAAUGCUGAGAGGCGGUAUACCCACUUCGCACCCGCUGCGCGAUGUGAAGAAGAAAUCCGUCGUCGUUCCGCUGUUUACCUUGGUAACAACGAGAACGUGUGUCCCGUCCGUGCUGCGCUUCGACCAACCCGCUCCUUUGGGACGAACCAGCUUAGCCCAGGAUCUCGUCGCUUAAUCCAUCUCAAGGGCUCCGUCCGGGUCAGGGAGAGUCCAAGAACGACGUGCACGGGACGGGCGGGGGGCGCUUCAUGUCUCCCGUUGCCACUGAAGACCACACCCGCUUGUUGCAUCUCCCCGCCCGUCGUCGUGCCGCGCCUCACGACGUCCGUGAUUGUGGACGUGGGUAAGGGCGCCGACGGUGCCAAGCCGUCCCGUCUCCGAGCCGCUCGAGGCCCUAAGCAAGAUAGCGUGACGCGCCGCCGCGCCGUCAAGAGAUGGGAGAGAAGGACGGGGGGUGUGUGUGCCAUGGGAAGCCAGUGGGUGGGGCCAUCUGCGAAUAACCUCAUUUCCACCGCUCUGGCUUGGCUGGCGCGCCAAAGGCUAGAAUAUGUACCCGAACCUCUCCGUCCACGAUCUUCUGGGUAUGCCGAGCAGCGCGGCCCGUUCUUGGCUCAGAUGAUAUGUUUCGGGGGGCUUCUUGGCCCGAUUCAAAUGACCGAUUCCGCCCCAUCCACUCACCUUCUCCCGCUUUGA